UCAGGAGGAUACUUGCAAAUUUUUCGGCUGAUUCGUCGUUCGCUUAUACGUACUACUUGAGAAUGAAGCUAUAUAGCGUCGAGUCGUACUACUACCUGACCUAUCGAGCGACGGUGGAGGCUCGUAGCGGAAUUUUGUACAACUAAAGCCAACACGCAUUCGCCAUGUGUGUCCAUCUACCAGAGUUUAUUGCAACUACUGUUGUCAAGCGGUGUACGUAUGUGUGUGUAGCACCAUGUACACACGCGCGAAAUUACCUCUGACGGAGUUUUGAAUCUCGGAUUUCGGAGUCGCGUGUCGUGUUGUAAUUUAUAAGCGGAUCAUCACGACGCUCAUCCCGACGUCGUGUCCUGCAUUUUUCGCCACGUUCCGAGCACACACGCUGUGUGCCGCGUGACAUUUGUGUGACGGUUCGAUCUCGCAGCCGUUCGACUGCUGACUCGCACGACUUAUGCCCAGUUGAGCUCCUCGACACAGAAUGGGUAGCAGUAGCCAGCUGUAUAGUCUCUCAUGGGGAGAGUUCAGUUCCUCCCUGACCUCAGCGGUACAAUUAUUAAGAGGACAUGGCGAUCUGGUGGACGUUACCUUGGCUGCUGGUGGUCGUAGUUUUCCUGCACAUAAAAUUGUCCUGUGCGCAGCGAGUCCAUUUCUGUUGGACUUAUUAAAAAAUACACCAUGCCAGCAUCCAGUAGUAUUGCUGGCAGGGAUCGGAGCGGAUGAUUUGGAAUCUCUGUUGGAAUUCGUAUAUCGUGGAGAAGUGAGCGUUGAGCCGUCGCAGUUGCCUUCUCUGCUUCAGGCUGCACACUGCCUAUGCAUACACGGGUUAACACCACCGACUAUAGUAACAGAGAGUGGAGAAGAAAUUCCCGCGUCGGCGAUACCAACGGCGAAUGAUGGAUUGCCAAAGACGACGCUGAACUCUUAUCCAAUGAAACGUAGAAAAAAGAGGAGGAAGUCGUCCACAUCCUCGGGAAAAUGGCCCACUAACGCAACCGACAGUGAAAGUAGGCCUAUGAACGACAACAACAGAACAAUAUCUUACGAAAACAAAGAUGACGAUACCACAGAUCAAACUGACGAUGCAGCGAGCAACUGCCUCGUUGGAAACUACGCGAACAAUCAUCAGGCUGUUGGUCACUCACCGGGAGCGCAAGAAUCCUCGAUUGUCCUCGAUGAUCAUCAGACGCAAGGUAUGCAAGAGGAUCAUGUCUCGGAUGGCGAGUCGCAGCUACAGACGCUGAUGCCGAUGCAACCGUUCUCGCCGUUGCACAUACCGCAAUUCACGGGCUCCCUGGGCAUCGGUUUUUCAUCCAAUCUGGCGUUGUCCAAUUUGGCGUCCACCCAAACAGUAUCAGCUGGCGGCACGAAUCAGUCGAAGCGCGGCGCUUCCGACUGUCCAGGCGUUUGUCCGUUGUGCGGCGCGACGCUCCGACAAGCGAGGAAUCUGCGUAGGCAUUUGCUGUCGUCGUGCAAAUAUCGGUUUAGUAACAACUCAACAACGGCGUCUGCAACGACGCAAAACUCGAUCAACGACGCGAUGAUGAUAGAGAUCAAGCCCGAGGUUGAAUUACCCGGCUACAACGAUCCAUCGUCGAUGGUUUACGGAACUGAUAGUGGCAGCAACAGUUGCGAACAAAUAGUCUGCAAGCCCAGUUUACCGUCGCCGACGUCGCAUCACGGGCAGGAUGUGGUCUCACCUACCAGCACCUUGACGGAAUUCGUUUUAGGAGACGGAUUAGCGAAGGCGCGUAGCUUGUCGGAUCAACCGGCAUCGUGUCCAUUGUGCGGCGCGAUCCUGCGUCAGUCGAGAAAUCUCCGCAGACACUUGGAGCUUCUGCAUUUCGGUCUGGGCAAUAGCGGCAAGUCCAGCGUACACGCGAGGCAUCGACGUACAGCGACGGACAGAGCCAACGACUUUGGUCUGUCGUCGUUGGCGUGCGUUCGCCCUACCGCCCGGAUAGACUCGCAUCUCGCCGCGAGAGCCUCCGAAGCCUCGGACUUCCCCAUGAUGACGCCCCUGUCGAUCGCCUCGUCCGUCAGUUCCGCGUCGAGCGUCAGUCUUCCAGGAAACCUGAUGGCUCCGAGCUCGAGUCUGUUAGCUUCUGGCGAUCAGAAUGGACCAGCGCUGCCAGGAUCCGCCUCCACCACGUGCAAUACGUCAAUGGUACCUCCGACUAAUGGGAUCUACUCCACGGAUGGCGGCGCCAGUAUGCUAAGUUGCCUGCUACCAUCGUUACCCACAUUGCCGUCCUUCUCCGCGUCUCACGACGUGUUCCGUCACGGUGAGAUGCUGCGCGCCGGAAUCGCUUACCACGAUUCCUCCCGACAACACGCCAGGCACAUGCAACGCACCGACGUCACCUAAUUUUGCGACAGCUCGCGAUAUGGCUCCCCGAAAUUGCGACAAGAAGAAUGCGAGCACGUCGAAUAAAUGAAUUGCGGAGGACAGCACUUAGCGGAGCACUGGGACUUAGACCUUAUGAAAUUUAAUAUUUGCGAGCUAGUUUGUAAGACUACGGGAUUAUUUAUUACGACGUUAUGCGACGUGUAGCAGCAACGAAUGUGUGCGUCAGAGACGUCUGGAUGAAGUAGCGCGACGAGUGUAAACGGUGGAUGUAGCAACGACGUAUUGUAUUAGCAAUUUUUUAUCCGGUGCUAUGUGAACAUGGAAUAUAUUAUAUAUAUAAACAUACGACGCAUGUGAAUUCUUUAGUAAUAAAAUAUAUUCAGA